GCGGGUGACGGUGAAGGGGCGGGCCCUAAGGCAGCGAAGGGUAAGGGCAAGGGCAAGCUCUUGCAGCAGCAGGCCGCCCUCGAGGAGCAGCUAGAGGCCGUCAUCAAGGGAGGCGGCUCCGAGCAGGCGAAGGCGGCCCAGGCGCUGUUGGAUGCGACUCGUGCUGCAGGGAAGAAGGCGGAGUCGGCGCAACCCAUCACUCAGCAGGUGACGGCGGCGGCGUCGAAGGUGCAGAAGGCCCAGACGGCGUUCGAUAAGGCGCAGUCUCAGCAGCUCAAGUUGACGAUGGAGCUUGAGAAGUGCAAGACUACUUUGCAGGAUGCAGCAGCCACCCUGGCCCGAGCUGAGGCAGAGAGGGCCAGGCUGUUCCGCUCGAUGGUGCCUUCGGUGGAGGCUCAGACUCCUGCACAGGCGGGGGCAUCCCCUAACACCAUCGAUUUGUCGGCGCUGAUGUCUGCCCAGGCGGUGGACGAGUCCCUGUUCACUCUGUCGUUGGGCGAGGAGUUCAGUAAUGCUGAUGGGCUCAUUCCCCCAUCGGACGUAGCGGAGUUGGACAAGCGUAAGAAGGCGGUGAUGGAGGCGCUGAUGCACACCUUGCGCGCCACCUUCGGCGAGGCUCAUGACAAGCUGAAGGAGCGUAGGGAGAAGCUCGCGGAGAUGCGCGAGAAGAUCACCAAGAGGCGCAGGGAGAACUCCCCUGGGCCACCGCCCGUUGCUGGGGCAGGCGCCGCUGCUGGGGCAGCCGCGGCUCCUGCAGGCGACGCCGCUGCGCAGGCUGCGGGCCAGGCGCCUGCGGUGCCUGCAGCGGCUGCGGCGCCAGCGGCCGCCCCUGGUGGGGAUGCGCCCGCAGCGGCGACCGCUCCUGGAGCACCUGAUGCAGUGGAGGCUGCCCGUUUGGCGGCCAUUGAGUCCAAGCUGAAGGAGGAGGCGGAGGCGUUGCUGGCCACAGCGAGGGGCGGGCCCGCCUUUGCCACGUACAAGUUCGGCCCCUACCUGUUCGUCUUCAAGGCGAACGUUGUAUAUGCGCAACUUGGGAAGGCUGGCUACAUUGGCAUGCUCUCUGCGGCUUACGAGUCGAAUGGUAAGUCCAAGGCAGGAGGCAUCACCAUGGGCACCCUUAAGAAGUACAAGGUUCAGUCGAUGCGCCACCUAGCUUCUUCGCCCUCGGAUCAGGUCGGGUUGCGAGAUUUGGACCGCGGUCCGAAGGGCCAGCCUGGCAUCGAUUUUCGGGAUAUGGUGGCCAUGCAGCUGAGGGCCCAAGGCCAGUCUUUGCUGAUUGUUGGAGUGUACAUGACCUCGUCGGUGGGCCCGAAGGCGAAUGCUGCUAAGUUGGCCAAUGUCGGCACUCUGGUUUCUACGAUCCAGGGGCCAUGGCUGGCCAUCGGUGAUUGGAAAAUGACGCCAAAGGAGCUGGCUAGCACAGGCUGGCUGGCCAUGGUCAACGGGGCGACCAUCACCCCCACCAAUGCGGAAUAUACCUGCACGCUGGGCUCGGGGCGAAUGUUGGACUACAUGGUUGCGUCUCAGCAUGCGGUACCUUGGGUCGAGUCGUUGUUGGCUGAUUUCCAGGCGGUCGAGGGGGCGGGGAAGGCUCACUACGGUCUCGAGCUUCAGCUCAACUUCGACGCCAGUCGGGCCAGAGCUUGGAUCAUGCGGCGUAAGCUGAGUAUCAAGAGCCCUCCGCCCUUGCAGCAUUCCCUCUUUGGUGAGGACGAAGACGAGUUUUUCACGGACGAGGAAGAUGCGGAUGCCCCUGACGAUAACGACGAUGAGCAGGUGGCCGCCUCGGAGUCUGAAUUGGACACCUACGCUUCCAUCCAGGCAGAAUGGUCUGCUGAGGCGAAGGACUUGCUGUGGCAGCAGGUG